GUCACUGCGGGGAGAGGCCGAACCUUCCCCCGAUCCAGCCCAGCCCUGUGCCGGGGAAACGCUCACAGCGAAACCUGCAUUUCCUGCGGCUGCCGGGGCACAUCCCUGAAGCUGGAAGCAGUCAGGAAAAAGAGACUGGGUUUGGAUGUCUAAUAGCCGGGGCUGUAUCCGUUCUGUUGUGAUUGUAUUGGAGGUUUCUCCCUGCUCAGAUGUGUUGCCGGCUAUUGCAUGUUGAUGAAACUGGGGAUCAAAAAGCUGAGGUGGAGGAAACACUGAAGCGAAUCCAGAGCCAGAAGGGAGUGCAGGGAAUCAUCGUGGUGAAUGCGGAAGGUAUUCCCAUCAAGAGCACCAUAGACAACACCACCACCAUUCAGUACGCCGGCCUCAUGCACAGCUUCAUCAUGAAGGCCAGGAGCACCGUGCGGGACAUCGAUCCCCAGAACGACCUCACAUUCCUGCGGAUCCGCUCCAAGAAAAACGAAAUCAUGGUUGCUCCAGAUAAAGACUAUUUCCUGAUUGUCAUCCAGAAUCCAACUGAAUGAUUACACUGACUCAGUCUGGUUUUUUCCCUUUGCCUGUUUUAUUUUCCCUGUUUUAUUUUCUAUUUAAUGGUAAAGAAUAGAGCAUUAGUGUUAACUGUGCUGUGACUCUUCAGUAAGGUUUGGGAAAAUGAAAGCAGGUGGUUUUGUUGUCUACAAACAGAAAAAAAUGGCGCUUUUUGUAUCACAAGUCAUUUUGAGGGGGAGCUAGUGAGUUGAAAUUCGGCAGUAAAAAAUGCAACAGAUUCUUUUAAUAGCUAAUAUAAUAAAUUUCAAAUGAUAACCAAAAAAGACUAUUCUUUGUAUGCUUCUAUGCUUCUUUCAUCACUGAGCUCUGCUUUUACACUCUUAGUUUUGAAUGGCUGUAAAUAUGACUGCCUGUCCUCUAGUUCUGUCUUACUCUGUUGAUUUUACUUCAGAAAAGUCUGACCAUAAGAAAUUAAAGUGUCACCAGUAA